CAGUGACCUACUUCCACGCCUCUAUACUUCCGCAUUUGAAGUCAAAAUAUUUGUUGAGUUUUCUUUGAAUUUGGUCAUUAUCUUAAUUUCAUAAUGGCUAGGGAGUACGACCACCUGUUUAAGCUACUUAUAAUCGGGGAUAGUGGAGUUGGGAAAAGUAGUUUACUACUUAGGUUUGCAGACAACACAUUCUCUGGUACAUAUAUAACCACUAUAGGGGUAGACUUCAAGAUAAGAACAAUUGACGUCAAUGGAGAAAAAGUAAAACUUCAAAUAUGGGACACAGCCGGUCAAGAAAGAUUCAGAACAAUCACAUCAACGUACUACAGAGGGACACACGGAGUUAUUGUUGUUUAUGACGUGUCAAGCGGGGAAUCUUUCGCUAAUGUUAAACGAUGGCUUCAUGAGAUUGACCAGAAUUGUGAUGUAGUUAAUAGGAUAUUAGUUGGCAACAAGGACGAUGAUCCAGAAAGGAAGGUAGUUCUAACAGAAGACGCACAGAGAUUUGCCGAUCAGAUGGGAAUCCAGCUUUUUGAAACCAGUGCCAAGGAAAAUAUUAAUGUAGAAGAGAUGUUUAUGGCAGUUACAAAAUUAGUACUUUCAACUAAAAAGGACCAACAAGCCAAACUGGCUCAACCUAACGAGACUGUUAAACUCGGGGGAGCUGGGUCUAAAAAACCCAAGAAGAAAUGUUGCUGAUUACAAUGUAUAGACUAAAUUUAUGGAAACUGUACUCAUUUUAAUAUACCAGUAUCCUCUUAGUUGUGACUACGGAGGUAUAGUAUGUCCCAUGAUUCACAGCAUCAUUUUGUACAACUAUGAUUCAAAGCCUGGAUUUUGAUUGGCUGGUUUUCUGGGUAAAAUGGUCCUUCUUUGUAAAUAAGUAAGUAUUGAUGUAACCAUAUAUGGGACCAUUUAGGAGAAAACUGACGUCAUGGUGAUAUAUCAGAUUUGCCUCAUUUGCAUCGCAAAAAUUUAUAAAACAAGUAAACUUUAAUUUUACCAUCCUGGAUUUGUUGUCUCAAUGUAUGUUCACAACAGGUAAACCUGUCUUAGUGAACACCUCUCUGAAGAGAACACCUGUGUUUAGUGAACACCACUUCAAGACACAUAUUACAUUGCCUCCUUAAAUCCCCUCUCUGUAGUGAACACCUACCUACAGCCAGUGAACGCUUUUUAUGGCUAACAUAAGUGUUCAUUAUAUGCAGGCUUUACUGUACUUAAUGUAUACUUCUGAAAAUUGUCCAGAUUGUCUCAUUUAAAAAAAGAGUGGAUCAGCAAGGAAUUAAGUAAUCAGGGAUGACAUUUAAAUAAUAUAAAAAUACUAGAAAAUUGGCCACUGUAGUUUAAAAAGGUGUUAAAAAUCUUGAUAUUUUUCUCAAGAAUUAAUUCCUGC